AAAGAAGAAGUGGAAGAUAACACUGACGUGAUCAUGGAAGGGGCUCUGAUAGCCCGGGACAGAGUUGGGGUGCAGGACUUUGUGCUUCUGGACUCCCACACCAGUGAGACUGCUUUCAUGAACAAUCUCCGCAAGCGGUACCAGGAGAACCUCAUCUAUACAUAUAUUGGCACUCUUCUUGUAUCUGUCAACCCUUACAAAGAGCUGGAUAUCUACACAGUCACACAGAUGCAGCUUUAUCGAGGGGUAAACUUUUUUGAACUGCCACCUCAUCUAUAUGCCAUAGCUGACAACGCCUACCGGGUGAUGUGCAGUGAGUACAACAACCACUUCAUCCUCAUCUCUGGGGAGAGUGGAGCUGGGAAGACAGAAGCAUCCAAGAAGAUCUUGCAGUAUUACGCUGUAACCUGUCCCACUACGGAGCAGCUGCAGAUCGUCCGUGACCGUCUGCUGCUUUCCAAUCCUGUUCUGGAGGCUUUUGGAAACGCAAAAACUCUGCGUAAUGACAACUCGAGUAGAUUUGGGAAAUACAUGGAUAUCCAAUUUGAUUUUAAGGGAGCUCCUGUCGGAGGGCACAUCCUCAGCUACCUGAUUGAGAAAUCCCGAGUUGUCCAUCAAAACCACGGAGAAAGGAAUUUCCAUAUUUUCUACCAGUUAUUAGAGGGUGGAGACAAGGAUCUUCUUUGCUGGCUGGGGCUGGAGCGCAACCCCCAAAAGUACGCGUAUCUCAUCCAGGGUCGAUGUGCCAAAGUGUUUUCUAUUAAUGACAAAAACGACUGGAAAAUAGUCCGCAAAGCUUUUUCUAUCAUUGACUUUACUGAAAAAGAUACAGAGAAUCUCUUUGGAAUUGUUGCUAGCGUCCUGCACCUUGGGAACAUCCAGUUUGAAGAAGAUAGCAAUGGGCAUGCCAUCAUUCGUGAUGGCACACAGAUCAAAUGGAUUUCAAAGCUACUGGGUGUGCACUUGUCCAUUCUGCAGGAAGCUCUCACCCAUCGGAAGAUCGAAGCCAGAUCUGAAGAGGUCCUGAGCCCUCUGAAUGUGGAUCUGGCAUUCUACGCUCGGGAUGCAGUAGCAAAGGCGAUUUAUGGACGAACUUUCACUUGGCUGGUCAACAAAAUUAACGGCUCUCUAGCCAACAAGGAUUCAACUCGGAAAACAGUUAUCGGCCUGCUGGAUAUCUAUGGGUUUGAAGUGCUGGACACAAACAGCUUUGAGCAGUUCUGCAUUAAUUACUGCAAUGAGAAGCUCCAGCAGCUGUUGAUUGAGAUGACCUUGAAAGCAGAGCAGGAGGAGUAUGAACUGGAAGGAAUAGAGUGGGAACCAAUUCCUUAUUUUAACAACAAGAUCAUUUGCGACCUGGUUGAGCAGAAGCAUAAAGGAAUAAUCUCCAUUCUGGAUGAAGAAUGCUUACGACCUGGGGAAGCAACUGAUCUGAGCUUCUUGGAAAAGCUGGAAGAGAAAGUAGGAGAUCAUGCCCACUUCGUGACUCGCAAGCUGGCAGACCAGAAGACACGGAAAUCGAUUGACUGGGUGGAUUUCCGCCUCCUCCACUACGCAGGAGAAGUCACUUACUGUGCUGUUGGAUUUCUGGAGAAGAAUAAUGAUCUCCUGUACAGAAACCUGAAAGAGGUGCUGUGCAACUCUAAAAAUGCCAUCAUUAGAGACUGCUUUUUACUGUCAGAGCUCGACAACAGGAGGAGACCAGAGACUGUUGCAACCCAGUUCAAAAACAGUCUGAUGAGCCUCAUAGACAUCCUGAUGUCCAAGGAGCCUUCUUAUGUCCGAUGCAUUAAACCGAAUGAGAACAAGGAGCCUGGGAAGUUUGAUGAUUAUCUGAUCCGACAUCAGGUGAAGUACCUGGGACUGAUGGAGCACUUGCGGGUGAGACGAGCCGGCUUCGCGUAUCGGCGGAAGUAUGAGCUCUUCUUGCAAAGGUAUAAAUCCCUCUGUCCAGCUACUUGGCCACAUUGGCAUGGCCCAGCAGCUGAGGGUGUGGAGAGGCUCAUCAAGCACAUUGGUUACAAGCCUGAGGAAUACAAAUUAGGAAGGACCAAAAUAUUCAUUCGGUUCCCAAAGACCCUGUUUGCUACUGAAGAUGCGUUUGAAUUCAGAAAGCAUCUAUAUGCCAUAGCUGACAACGCCUACCGGGUGAUGUGCAGUGAGUACAACAACCACUUCAUCCUCAUCUCUGGGGAGAGUGGAGCUGGGAAGACAGAAGCAUCCAAGAAGAUCUUGCAGUAUUACGCUGUAACCUGUCCCACUACGGAGCAGCUGCAGAUCGUCCGUGACCGUCUGCUGCUUUCCAAUCCUGUUCUGGAGGCUUUUGGAAACGCAAAAACUCUGCGUAAUGACAACUCGAGUAGAUUUGGGAAAUACAUGGAUAUCCAAUUUGAUUUUAAGGGAGCUCCUGUCGGAGGGCACAUCCUCAGCUACCUGAUUGAGAAAUCCCGAGUUGUCCAUCAAAACCACGGAGAAAGGAAUUUCCAUAUUUUCUACCAGUUAUUAGAGGGUGGAGACAAGGAUCUUCUUUGCUGGCUGGGGCUGGAGCGCAACCCCCAAAAGUACGCGUAUCUCAUCCAGGGUCGAUGUGCCAAAGUGUUUUCUAUUAAUGACAAAAACGACUGGAAAAUAGUCCGCAAAGCUUUUUCUAUCAUUGACUUUACUGAAAAAGAUACAGAGAAUCUCUUUGGAAUCGUUGCUAGCGUCCUGCACCUUGGGAACAUUCAGUUUGAAGAAGAUAGCAAUGGGCAUGCCAUCAUUCGUGAUGGCACACAGAUCAAAUGGAUUUCAAAGCUACUGGGUGUGCACUUGUCCAUUCUGCAGGAAGCUCUCACCCAUCGGAAGAUCGAAGCCAGAUCUGAAGAGGUCCUGAGCCCUCUGAAUGUGGAUCUGGCAUUCUACGCUCGGGAUGCAGUAGCAAAGGCGAUUUAUGGACGAACUUUCACUUGGCUGGUCAACAAAAUUAACGGCUCUCUAGCCAACAAGGAUUCAACUCGGAAAACAGUUAUCGGCCUGCUGGAUAUCUAUGGGUUUGAAGUGCUGGACACAAACAGCUUUGAGCAGUUCUGCAUUAAUUACUGCAAUGAGAAGCUCCAGCAGCUGUUGAUUGAGAUGACCUUGAAAGCAGAGCAGGAGGAGUAUGAACUGGAAGGAAUAGAGUGGGAACCAAUUCCUUAUUUUAACAACAAGAUCAUUUGCGACCUGGUUGAGCAGAAGCAUAAAGGAAUAAUCUCCAUUCUGGAUGAAGAAUGCUUACGACCUGGGGAAGCGACUGAUCUGAGCUUCUUGGAAAAGCUGGAAGAGAAAGUAGGAGAUCAUGCCCACUUCGUGACUCGCAAGCUGGCAGACCAGAAGACACGGAAAUCGAUUGACUGGGUGGAUUUCCGCCUCCUCCACUACGCAGGAGAAGUCACUUACUGUGCUGUUGGAUUUCUGGAGAAGAAUAAUGAUCUCCUGUACAGAAACCUGAAAGAGGUGCUGUGCAACUCUAAAAAUGCCAUCAUUAGAGACUGCUUUUUACUGUCAGAGCUCGACAACAGGAGGAGACCAGAGACUGUUGCAACCCAGUUCAAAAACAGUCUGAUGAGCCUCAUAGACAUCCUGAUGUCCAAGGAGCCUUCUUAUGUCCGAUGCAUUAAACCGAAUGAGAACAAGGAGCCUGGGAAGUUUGAUGAUUAUCUGAUCCGACAUCAGGUGAAGUACCUGGGACUGAUGGAGCACUUGCGGGUGAGACGAGCCGGCUUCGCGUAUCGGCGGAAGUAUGAGCUCUUCUUGCAAAGGUAUAAAUCCCUCUGUCCAGCUACUUGGCCACAUUGGCAUGGCCCAGCAGCUGAGGGUGUGGAGAGGCUCAUCAAGCACAUUGGUUACAAGCCUGAGGAAUACAAAUUAGGAAGGACCAAAAUAUUCAUUCGGUUCCCAAAGACCCUGUUUGCUACUGAAGAUGCGUUUGAAUUCAGAAAGCAUCUGUUGGUUUCAAGACUACAGGCCAAAUACAAAGGAUGCCUUGGAAAGAGAGCCUAUGAGAAGAAGAGAGCAGCAGCUAUCAAGCUGGAGGCUUGCUGGCGAGGAGCACUGGCACGGAAGGAGGCCAAGAAGAGGACGUGGGCUGUUCAGACCAUCAGGAAGUAA